AUGUCCCAAGUCACGCCGGCCGAGCAGGAAGAGCAACGGAAAGUGGUUGAAAAGUUCAAACAGCUGCGUGACCAGCAGCAGGACAUCGCCACCGAAGUGACUCGUAUCGAGGAGGAGCGACGCGAGUUCGGACGCGUCCUCAACGUCAUAAAGGAUCUGAAUCCGGAUCAAAAGUGCUUUCGUCUGAUAAGUGACACGCUAGUCGAGUACACCGUCAAGGAUGUGGUCCCCGAUCUCCAGAAUAACAUUGCUAAUGUGAGAUUUGGCUGAAUUUUUCGCAACGCAUUCAUUCGUUUUAGCUGACAUUGCUGUCCGAGCAACUGAACGAGCGUCUCGUGGAGAAGGGGAAGGAGCUUAACGCGCACAAGGCGACGUAUAACAUCCGUUUUCUAACCGAAAAGGAAUCUGCCGAUCUGCAAAAGGCACAAGCUCAAGGACAACUUCCAAAGGCCUGA